AUGGCCGCUCGUUCUGGACGCCGCGCUGUCGCGUCUGCCGCGCCCAGCAGCUCGUGCUCGUCGCCAGGACGGACGGGCAGCGUCUCGCCUCGUCCCAGGGAGUCGGUUCGCCCGCGCAUGUCGUUUCUGCGCCGCGUAACGUCUGCGCCAAGUGCCCGUUCCGUCCACUCGGACGCUCUUCUUGCGCGUGCAAACGACGCGACGGCGCAGAGGCGCACGCGGUUAGUGGAGCAGAUACUGGAGGCGAUUGCCGACGUGCCUGGCGCAGUGGAGACGAUCCGAGCGAACGAGGGGCUGCGUCAGAGACUGGCGGACGAGGUCGACGAGGAGACGCACGAGGCGCUGCACCGGUUCGUUGUCGUGGACGCGGGUGGAGCGCAACCGGAGACGAGGCAGGAAGCGAGGAGCAUGGACAGGCACGUGGUGGGUCGGGGUGGGCGGCGUGUGGGUGCGCUGGGACGAGCUGUUGGCGGUGGUGAUGGUGAGGAGGACAAGUUGACGCAUCGAGUGACGUCGAUUGAUGGCUUUGGACGUGGUCAAGCGCGGGACGAGUGCUUUGACGCUGCGGACGGAGCGAGGGAAAAGGACUUUGACAAUAGCAGCAGAGGCAGCAGCAGCAGCAGUGACAGUGACAGUGGCAUGGACGACGAGUACGAGAACGACUUGGCCGAAGCCGUGCACCAGCUCUGUAUGACGGACGAAACACUCACGGCAAUGAACAAGAUGAUUUCGGAUCCGAUUGGCAUUGUGGAUAUGCGUGCGAGCAGUGACAGCGUUGCGAGCAUUUCGACUUCACCGCCAUCUUCGUCUGGACUGGCUGCUUCACCUGGAGCUACGUUCAUGGACGGCGAACCUGUGUCAGCGCUGUGGCCUCGACAGCCGGAUCAGUUUGCGUUUACGCAAGAGGAAGACCAGAACGUUCGGGCGGAAGAUGAGGUGUAUAGUGAACUGGUGAGCUCUGUUUGCGAGGACGACACGUUCCAGGACGAUUGUGGAGAUGAUGAAGAUGACGCAGACGAAGGGAUAUUGGACGGCGAGAGUGAGAGCGAGGCAAAGCUGUUUCACAUGGACGAUGACGACGUUGGUGAUGGCGAUAGCAGGGGCAGAGAAAACGAGUUAGACGACAACCGAGCUCAGUUUAGCCACCAAAGCACGUUGUCGGGGCGGCCGUUUAUUCUGAGCUCUCCGACUCGAGGCCAAGUGACUACGUUUCAGCAUGAUCUGGAUGGCAAGUCUAAACAGAAGGCAGGGACCGUGCAUACGGUCGACAUCAAAGAUGGCGACGACGUGUGCAUUGACCUUGAAGGGAGCGUACAUUCCGAAGGCGAAGAGGACGGUCCGAAGGAGUACGAAGAGUUCCAGCUCCGUAUAAUCCGAGAAAAGAAUCGCACCGGAUUCGAGCCGAAUCGGGAUUGGCGACCUCGUGCAGGGGUCAUGAUUGGAAAUCGAUACAAGGUUGAGCUAGCAAUUGGCGAAGCGGUAUUCAGCCGAACGUACAAGUGCAUCGACACGACUACGGAUCAGGUGGUGUGCCUCAAGAUUAUCAAGAACAACAAGGAAUACUUCGACCAGGGCGUUGAUGAGAUUCGUGUACUGGAGUACAUUGACCACAACUGCAAAGUAGACGAACGGCAUCUCGUUCGUCUCUUGGACGCAUUUUACUUCCGCGAGCACCUGGUUAUAGUGACAGAGCUUCUUCGCGACAAUCUGUACGAAUUCUCUCGCUUGCUGCUACAGCGCGGUGUGAUUAACUACUUCAGCAUACCUCGUCUGAAAAAGAUCACGAUCGAGGUGCUGGAAGCGCUAGACACGUUGCACUCGUUGGGAAUCGUGCACUGCGACCUCAAGCCAGAGAACAUCUUGAUUCAAAACUUCAGCGCCUGCACGGUCAAGGUGAUUGACUUUGGAUCAGCGUGUUUCACUACGGACGAGCUCACGUCGUAUGUGCAAUCGCGUUCGUACCGGGCCCCAGAGGUGAUUCUCGGACUACUGUACGACACGAAAAUUGAUUUGUGGUCGCUCGGAUGUGUCGUCGCCGAGAUGUACACGGGGGAAGUGCUCUUUCGCAACGACUCGGAGCAGACUCUAUUGGCUCGGAUCUUGACGACAAUAGGUCCUAUUCCUGCGUCUUUGCUAGCGGACCGCGAGGAGUUGCAGCACCAAUUGCUCGACACUGGACUAUUUACACUGGAUCACAUGGGCAAUGGCGUGUUGACUGCUGCUCUCGAUGGCCCCACCUUAGAAGAAGCCGUGCACACGAAAGAUGCCGACUUUCUGGCCUUUUUGCGCGCACUGCUGCAAAUGGACCCACUGCAUCGCGUCUCGGCCCGCGAGGCAUUGGCGCACCCGUGGCUGCAAACCGGUGUCUUUGCCGACAAUCGCCUCUGA